GCGGGGCACAGGGUUCCCGGAGUCGCUGCCCCAGCUUUAGACUCAGUGCUGCGCGCGCUCCCACGCCUGUUCCACCGUGACCGCAGGCGCUCCAGACACGCACCUGCCCACCUCCCAGCCCUCGUAGCUGCUCCCUCCUUUCUCGCUGGUUGGCACGCGCGCCGUACAGCGCAGCGGCGGCAGGAGGAGCCCGGCGCGCUCGCCACGCGUAUUCACGAGCGGAAAGCGCUGCGCGCAGUCUCAGGUGGCAGUGGCAGCGGUGACAGCGGCUGUGACAGCACCCUCUCCCCGACGCUCCUGCAUCCCGCCUGCACUGCGCUGCGGAACCGCUGCCCGCCGGUCCUCCGGGCCCGACACGCCCGGCCAAGUACCCCUCACCGCAGCCGCCCCGCCGCCCGCCACCUCGGCGCCAAGCCCAACCGCCCGCCAUGAGGAAAGUGGCAAGGAAGGGAUGCGACUUCAAGCGCUUCCUAAAGAAUAACUGGCUGCUGCUUUCCACCGUCGCCGCGGUGGUGCUAGGGAUUGCCAUAGGAGUCUUGGUUCGAGAAUACAGCAAGUUCUCUAAUCUGGAGAAGUUCUACUUUGCGUUUCCUGGAGAAAUCCUGAUGAGGAUGCUGAAACUCAUCAUUUUGCCCUUGAUCGUAUCCAGCAUGAUCACAGGUGUUGCUGCCCUGGAUUCCAACGUAUCUGGAAAAAUUGGUCUGCGUGCCGUCGCGUAUUAUUUCUGUACCACUAUCAUUGCUGUCAUUCUAGGUAUUGUGCUGGUGGUGAGCAUCAAGCCUGGUGUCAGCCAGAAAGUAGAAGAAAUUGACAGGACAGGCAGCAGCCCUGAAGUCAGCACGGUGGAUGCCAUGUUAGACCUGAUCAGGAACAUGUUCCCCGAGAACCUCGUCCAGGCCUGUUUCCAGCAGUAUAAAACCACGCGUGAAGAAGUGGAAACUCCCAGUGAGCCAGGGGUGAAUACGACCGAAGCAUCUGUCACAGCCGUCAUGACUACUGCUGUGCCCAAGAACAAAACAAAGGACUACAAAGUCGUAGGCAUGUACUCAGAUGGCAUAAAUGUCCUGGGCUUGAUUAUCUUUUGCCUCGUCUUUGGACUUGUCAUUGGAAAAAUGGGAGAAAAGGGGCAGAUUCUGGUGGAUUUCUUCAGUGCUCUGAGUGACGCAACCAUGAAAAUCGUUCAGAUUAUCAUGUGUUACAUGCCAAUCGGUAUCUUGUUCCUGAUCGCUGGGAAGAUCAUAGAAGUGGAAGACUGGGAAAUAUUCCGCAAGCUGGGCCUGUACAUGGCCACCGUCCUCACUGGACUUGCAAUCCACUCCAUUAUAAUUCUCCCACUGAUAUAUUUCAUAGUCGUAAGAAAGAACCCUUUCCGAUUCGCCAUGGGAAUGGCCCAGGCUCUCCUGACGGCCCUCAUGAUCUCUUCCAGUUCGGCAACACUGCCUGUCACGUUCCGCUGUGCUGAAGAAAAGAACAAAGUGGACAAAAGGAUCACCAGAUUUGUGUUGCCCGUCGGUGCCACCAUCAACAUGGACGGGACUGCCCUCUACGAAGCGGUGGCAGCUGUGUUCAUUGCACAGCUGAAUGGCUUGGACCUGGGCAUCGGGCAGAUCAUCACUAUCAGCGUCACAGCCACAGCUGCCAGCAUCGGAGCUGCUGGUGUGCCCCAGGCUGGCCUGGUGACCAUGGUGAUCGUGCUGAGCGCCGUGGGCCUGCCCACUGAGGAUGUCACCCUCAUCAUUGCUGUCGACUGGUUCCUGGACCGGUUCCGGACCAUGGUGAACGUCCUGGGGGAUGCAUUUGGGACGGGCAUUGUGGAGAAGCUCUCCAAGAAGGAGCUGGAGCAGAUGAGCGUUUCAUCUGAAGUCAACUUUGUGAACCCCUUUGCUGUGGAAACCACGACGCUCGAUAACGAAGACUCGGACACGAAGAAGUCCUACGUCAACGGAGGCUUUGCCAUAGACAAAUCUGACACCGUGUCGUUCACCCAGACCUCACAGUUCUAGGGCCCCAGGCUUCAGAUGACUGGGAAAGAUGAAGGACAUCUCUUAGCAAUUUCAAACAUUGAGGGAAAGAAAAACAAUUGUACAUUUGACCUGAUAUUACAGACCUCAGAUUAUUUUCUAUAUUUGGACUCAGAGCUUUUGCUCUCCAGGUUCUGGGACUUGGGGGUGGGGUAAGAUAAAAGGAAAUUGAUUAAAAGGAAAGCUGUCUUAUCUAGAGUUGUAAAAUUCUAUGACAAAGUUCGGAAGCAUGUAACAUAGCAGCUGUUGGAAUUAGGUAACAAAUGUGAAAAAGGAAUUGCUUUCUCAUCCAUGGACCAGUGUUUUGGGUUUUUAAAAAAAUACUCUGUCAUUGACUACAAAUUUUUACUCAGGCUUUGUAUUGGCAUGGAAUUCCUUUGACAUCUCAUGUUUUUAUAAAUUAUAAUGCAUCUCAACCACCCCCUCCCCCAGGUUAAUGUGCCAAAUUGUCCAUUUUGAACUCAUCUCUGGCCAAUUUCAAAGACACUGCUUUGAAAGAAAACAGACCAGCACCGUUCUGCAAUAACAGUUGUGAGAUGGGCGUCGGGUCUGGGAGGAGGGAGAUUCUCUUGUCGAUGUACUGUAUGGGACACUGGGAACUCCUAACCCAGUGUUCAGUAUUGAGCUAGGUAUGUAUGUGUGUAAAUACUAUUUUCAUAUAAUUUGUCCGACAGAGAUCAGAAUUGAACUGUCAAUGUGAAAUAAAGCUCUCCUUAUACUUGAAUAAUGAUGAUGAUUCCAGUCCAGAUCUGCUUUGGGGCUUGUCAGACUCCUCUCUCGGGAGCACCAGCAUGAGGGAUGGUGGUGUUCAGCCGUUUCACGUCUGGGAAUCUGCCCCAAAGCACAGACGUAUCAUGCUGAUACCCUGAGGUGGCACAGCCGUUCCUUACAACUUCCAAAUUCUGCUGGAAGGGAAUCCACGUCAGCUCUGCAUGAGAUUAUGUACAAAGGGGUCACUCAGAUAAGGCUGGGUGUGUCUGUAUCCAACUGGAAGGCUUCAUUCUUCCAAGGUCAGCCAUACCUACUUAAAAAUGACAGUACUUUGCUCUUUUGUACCCAUUAGGGCCCAUGCAACAGUGGCAAGCUUACCAGCUAAGUUGUAUUUUAAUACUGACUUGAUAGGUUGAUCAAGCCACACUGACCAGAACGGCGCUAUCCCACCCUGAUUCUUGCAGGGUAAAUCCCACAACCUGAGACACUGGGCUCAGCGGUUCAGGAAAACUCUUCACUUGUGUGUCACUUGUCUCCUCCUCCAGAGAGGGCUGUUCUGACUGGUAGUCUAGUAAUCUUGGCCGGGCUUGUUAAAAUCAUCCUUUGUCAUUCUCCUGCUAAUUUAUGAAAUCUUAUUAAGGUCUGUGCUUCCACUCACAUCUUGUAAAUAAUGCUUAACAUAAACUUGUAUUUCCACUGAGAUCCAAAAUACUUGUGCUUCUGCAGUGUUGAGUAGCCCGUGUAAGCCUGUGCUUUCCUAUUUAAGAAACCAGAAAUUGUGCCAAAGAGCAUGGAAAAGUCAGUAAAUGCUCAGUAUUGACCACUUGUACCUGAACUUGUAAGAGAAUGAUACUGGACUGACAUGUAAACAUCAUAAUAAGAACCAGUAAUUCAGUGUGAGUUUUAAAAUGCAAAGACUAGUGUUGUUUAUGGAAAGUCAAUCUAAGUAUAACACAGUUAAUCAGUAAUUUGUCUUGGGCCGAAUGGUUUACCCCCUGGCAGGGCUCUCCGAUUUGGGCCUCUGGAGUUGGCAGGGCGGUUCCUGAACGGCAGGUCAUCCUUAUUUUGGAGUCGGUUUGUAACUGACCUCUUCACACACUGUGCUGUUCACUCAUCAAAGAGAACAAUGUUCUAUUUCAGUCUCAAUAAACAUUGUUCUUUCUUUCCUG